GCAGAGGAAAGUUUUCAGAACACCCGGCAUUUGGUAGAGGAAAGGUCUCUUGAGCUUUGCAAAAGGAGGAAUUAUUUGCAUACCAACGCUUUAGCUGUGGUAAAACACUUUCCAUGCUGAAGAUGGACCAUGCAAAUGUGACCCAAGCCAUGCUUGAUGCUGAAUCCCGCAGCACAGAGAAGAACAACAGCAACGAGUAUUUUUACAUUCUGAUUGUCAUGUCUUUCUAUGGGAUCUUCCUGAUAGGGAUAAUGCUUGGCUACAUGAAAUCCAAAAGAAAAGAGAAAUCAUCCAAUUUACUUCUGCUCUACAAAGAUGAGGAGAGAGAAUGGGGGGAAGCUGUAAAGCCUCUACCAACCGUGGCGGGGCUGAAAUCUGUCCAGAUCCCCAUGAUGCUGAACAUGCUGCAGGAGAGCAUGGUGCCAUCCCUGUCCUGUGCCAUCUGCUCCAUGGAAGGCAGCAGCGUGAGCUCCGAAUCCUCCUCCCCAGAUGUGCACUUCACCAUCCAGGAGGAAGUGCUGGAUACUGAACUAGGAGAAGUGUCAGAAACACUCCUCAACGAGAGCAGCGAGGGGUCUGUGGAAAACAUCCAUAAGAACUCCUAGCACUUGCAGGGUUCCCUUGAUCAGCUGCCAAAGCGUGAGUGGAGCUCCCACUAAGAACUUGUGGCUCUACUUUUCUGCUCUCCAAUGAACUCUGAACAGGUAUCUGUGCCCCUGGGCCAGAGGCACUCCCGAGAGCUGGCAGGACAAGGAAGCAGUGGUACCCAACCCCAAAGUGUAACUUGCACGUAAUUGGGUUGCUUAAUUUUAAUUUUUCCAUUAUUAUUUCUUACUAUGAGAGCUAAGAACAAGGAGAAUGUACAUGUUUUUUCUAACGAGGUAAUUAUUACUGGUAUGUCUCUGCAUAUUUCAGAUUUCUGUAAAUAUCUGGGAAACGUUUAGGGAAGUUACCCUAAUGCAAGUGCCUGGUUCUUAAAGACUAUGGAUAAUGCUUGUUCACACAAAACUGUGAUAGACUAGAAGUACUUUUACUGUGUUUUUCUUAUGACAAACCACAGCCAACAGCAGAUUUGCUCAAUGAGGCCUCAAAAGCUGAAGACUUGUUGAUGUUGUACUUGAAGGGAGAUUGCAUCAUGUCUGGAGACUGCCUUUAGGCACAGAAAGAGUGAAAGACAAAGGAGAAAAAAAAAAAGGCACCAAAUUUCUAGGCAGUUUGUAAAGUCCAGUUUCAGAUCCAUGUCAUUUAUAACUGUCUUUGCUUAAGUUAUACCUGUACUGGCUGGGUCAGGUUCACCACCUUCUGCUGCAAUUCAGCCUGUGACUGAGUUACUAGUAGGAAAAGUGGUUUUGUUUUUUGCUUUUGUAUUUUUUUUAAAGAUAUGUACAUUUGGUCACUAAAGGCAAAGAUCUGUAAGUUAAAGAAGAUGCUAAAACAUCUUUGUUACAGGCUGUAAGAUGUAGAAAGGCUUGAACAAAUGCUGCUCUGUUAUGCCCCCUUGAAAAAUAGGUGGAAUUCCAAAUAGAAUUUAACCUAGUAAGGGUGUAUUCCUGGCCCCACUGAAGUCAUCAGCUGAGUCAGGGACAGGCACAAGAUUUUGUGCUUCUCUGUUGGAGGUAAAUUCUCCAUUUGAGGUUGGUAAAACUGUACUCAUUUACAUCAUUAAAGAAUCUAGACUUUCUGCUCUGUUUAAGCCAGUGUAGGUAAACAUUGCAUUGCAUCUUUUUUUUAAUCAGCUUGCAUGUGACACAUGCAUUUCUAUAAAGCUAUUAGCAACCAGGUUUUAAAACUACCACAAACUUCCCCCCCCUCGUUUAAUGGUACUGUGACAUUUUUCAACUGCUCAUGAAAUUUGUUACUAAAUUAUUGCACUUUUAAAAGAAGUAAAAAAAUAAUAAAAAU